CAGACACCGACCGCCGCCGUUGCAAUGCAAGUGGCCGCCCGCGGUCGGUCACCGGCGUUGCAUUGCCCCGUCUCUUAGUUUGUCGCCGUCGAUCGGGGCAGAGAAUGGGACGGCUCUCCUGCGGCGGCGUGCAGCCCAAGCUCCGCAAGGGGCUGUGGUCGCCCGAGGAGGACGAGAGGCUGUACGGUCACAUCAUUCGACACGGCGUCGGCUGCUGGAGCUCUGUCCCUAAGCUCGCAGGGCUGCAGCGCUGCGGCAAGAGCUGCCGCCUGCGGUGGAUCAACUACCUCCGCCCCGACCUCAAGCGCGGCGGCUUCUCGCAGCAGGAGGAGGACCUCAUCGUCGCGCUCCACGAGAUCCUGGGGAACAGGUGGUCGCAGAUCGCGUCGCACUUGCCGGGGCGGACGGACAACGAGAUCAAGAACCUGUGGAACAGCUGCCUCAAGAAGAAGCUCCGGCAGCGCGGCAUCGACCCGGCCACGCACAAGCCGAUCGCCGCGGAGGCGGGCUCGGCGCCGCUGCACCGCGACGACCAGAGCAAGCCGCAGCAGCAGCCUGCGGCGGCGGCCGUGUUCGACCCGUUCCCGGUGACCGACUUCGGCUUCGACCUGGGCGCGGCGGCAUUGUACGGCGACGACGUCGGCGGCGACGCGUCGUCGGACGCCGGGUUCUUGGCCGACUACAGCAGCGUGCUGGACGUGUCGGAGAACCUGGGCUACGGGGAGAGCUCCAGCAACAGCAGCGGCUGGAACUGCGCGGAGAUGGGCAAUGCCGUGCUCGACAGCGAGGCGCUGCACUGGACCUCAGCCGCCGCCGCUGCCGCCACCAAGCCGGAGCCCUGCUCGGAGCUGGAGCAGCAGCGCAGCGGAGGAUUGAGUUCAGAAGUGUUCAACAUAGAAUUCAAUUUGGAAUACUUCUGAAUCCCGAUCCUUCUUUUUUUUUCCCCGGCCCUCCAUUCAUCUUUGCCUUUCCUCCCUGAAUUAUCCAUCCAUCCAUUCCCCUACGCUUUUACAGAAGACGCAAUUGGACGAUUAGGGAUUGUACGUAUAGUAACCAAUCUCUUAAUUUUGUCUAGGCCAUGAUACACACACCUUUUUUUAACCCUUUUUCUGUAUACUCUUGCGCCAGGGGAACGGAAGACAUUGGUAGGUAGAUACGGGAUUACUGUGUACUGCAAUAUACAAAUGUAUUUAUAUUUUUGUAAAGAAUAAAUUAAACCUGCAGUUAUUUUAUUUC